CACUUGAUGGAGAUGUCGUUCAAUUUGGAACCACAUUCUCGACCAUAUUGUCUUCCGACUAAUUUAAAGGACAAUUUUGUUGUCGACUGAAAAAGAGGCAGACGGCGUAAGGUGUAGAUUUCUAUCGUUGUGCUGGUAUAAGUUGUUUCUCUGUGUAUACUGAGACAAGGGGAGUUUAAAUGCUAGCGCUAUAUGAUACAACAUGCAGUCAGUCCAAGUAUUUAAACUGAGAUGAUCUGCUUUUGAUUUUUAUAGUUGACUUUUGCUGUACUGCAGUUUAGGCUGCUUUGAUAUACUGAUUGAUUAACAUUGGAGGAAUUAUAUAUUGUGUUGAUUCUUGGGAGCAAUGGAUUAGCUCACUUUUGUUUAACAGUGACUUUCUAAUGCGCCUCACUGGAUUUCAGUCUUCAAGGAUAUUCUGCUUAAAAAGUAUUUUCUCAGAUAGAAGAUGGCACUACUUAGCCUUUGUGUGAUGCUGAUUCUGUGUACAGUGGUUUGCGGGGUCUACUCACAAAGCACAGGCUGUACAAGAAGUGGCAGCAGUAUGGUAGAAGACCAGGUCUCUGUAUGCAAGGGUUCAUGGACAGGCCACAUUAGAAAUGCCAGCCAUCUUUGUGCCCCGGGGUGGGGUGUAUGUUCCCAUGAAGAACAGCACAUGCUGAGUGGAAUCCACUGGAAGCAGGCUACCUCAGUUCCAGGAUGCUUUGCCAUGAAUGCUGCACAAGAUGGUGGUCGGUGUCUGGAGUGUGGACACAGCAUGGAUCGGGAUGAUUUGGCAGGAAUUGGCAAGAAUUGUCCACAUCAGAAUAUAGGCCAGACAUCCUGUAUCCGAGGAGGUCGGAUCGAUGCCAGCUGUUGUGUGGAUGCUCACUUCCAUACCGCCUGUCACCAAACUAAUGACAUCACAGGUGUCGUCUGCUGUAAGGUCACAGGUCAAAAACCCAAAAUUCUGGCAAGACCUCAGGAGAGAUUACUGGUCAAUGAAGGAAAAGUAUUUCUACUGAGUUGUCAGGCUUCUGGAUCACCCCCACCUACCAUUCACUGGUACAAGGAUGGACAGCAGAUUUCUGAUGGAGGAAAUGGCAGGGUCUCCAUCUUGUUGUCAGGUGAUCUGCUCUUCACACUGCCUAAGAGAUCCGACACUGGACUUUACAGCUGUGAAGUGGUCAAUGAACAUGGACUGGACAUGGCCAGUACCAAAGUCAUCAUACAGGAACCUCAAUCCGGGUGCAGAGACAGGUCCACAGAAGGGUUGGCUAUACACCGAGAUGUACAUGCUUGUAAAGGGAAGUGGGAGGGGCACGUGAGGAAGGGGAAGAGUCUCUGUAGGAGGGGCUGGAGAGUCUGUAGUCCCCAGGAUCAGACCUCACUCCAGCACCUCUCAUGGUUGGACAUCUUUGACAUUACAGGUUGCUAUGCCUACAAUGCUGCAAACUCAAAGGGCAGAUGUCAAAGGUGCGUCAGUGGGAGGAUGGCAGGGGUAGGUCGACAUUGUGGGAGGAUGAGGUAUUUCAAGAAUUCCUGUCUGGCUCAGGGCAGGGUGGAUGUUUUCAAACCCAAGGACAAGGUCAAAAGCUGCUCCUAUAAAGAGGGGGUCACCACAGGAGUUCUCUGCUGUAGAAAAAAGAAACAUAAAUCUGUAUCAAGUCCAAAGCCAUCCUUCUGUAUUGCUAAAUGUGAAAAUGGAGGAACAUGUAUCAAACACAAUGUCUGCCAAUGUAAACCUGGAUUCAAGGGGGCCACAUGUCACAUAGCAAUUUGCAAGGGAGGUUGUGGCUCAUUUGCAACAUGCGUCAAACCCGGAAAAUGCAAAUGCAAAGAGGGUUACGUUGGGAAAAAAUGUCGCAAGAAAGCUAAACAUGAAUGUCUCAGAUAUUGUAUGAAGAAUUGUUCAUCUGGAAGAUGCUCUUGUCCUAAAUAUGGAAAAUCCUGUAAAAAGGUAUUAUGGACUCACAGAAAUAAAACAAAGUCAUGAGAGUAUAGAAAAAGCAAGAGUGGAUAAAAAUUCUGGGUAUGUGUGAACUAUUCCAGCAGUGUAUACAGAAACAUUCCAAGCGUGAAGACAGCCAGCAUCCACCACAGCUUGUGCUGAAUGUGAUAAGCUUUUUUCCAAUGGAGAAAAGUACUUGUAUAGCAUAUCAGUAACCUUGGUCUAAGCUACCGGUACUGUCUCUAUAAUGAGUAUAGAUAGGGUACUAAUAUUACAGUGAUUUGUUGAUCAACAUCACCUUCUUCAUACAAAUCCCUUUAAUGCUUGUUCACUCAUCAAAUAUCAAAUCCACAACUCACGGUUUUUUUAAUACGCCUAACAACAAAAAUACUUUACUACAUGCAAUAGUAGACACAUAAUACACACACCAACAGAAGUCUAGUACAUGAAGUUUUAAAGCUCCCUCUUCAGUUGGGGAGAUGAUUAAUGGGAUGUUGGAAAUGAAGACAGCUUGGUAUUUGAAUUUGCUUUUUAGGCCUUUUUGAGAAGAGUUUUUUUUGUAAGUUUCAUUUACAUUCUCACCUUCUAGUGGCAAUUUGACUAUAUCUACCUCACUCGUGUAUAUUGCAUUACCUUUGUAACUGUUGUUAAGAUUUAGCAAAAUGCCAGUAUAGGAUUUGUUGUUAUAUAGUUGCUAUGGUUAUUUGCUAUGCUUUUGUUACUAUGUUGUAAUUCCCAAAAUACUUCAGAGAGUUGCCUUUUUGUUAUGUAGAGGGGUAUUGCAGAUUGAUGUUUUGUUCUGAGAAGAUUUGUCCUAUUUAUGAUUUAUAUUGUCUAUUUAUUUUAUAGUUCACCACAUUUCUACUCAUUGUGUUUUUUGGUCUUCAAAGAUCAUGUGAGGCCUAUUCCAUUCGUUAAACUUGGGCCAGUAUUAAAAGGCAUUUUGUUGUAAAACAAAUGAAUUUGUUGUGUUAUCGUACAAACAUUUUUUGUACUGUGUUGUGACAUGGCUGGUUGUUUCAUCAGUAUUGUGGGUAUUUUUAUAAACUGUAUCAUGUUUAAAAUGUAACAGUUAAAUUGUAACACAAAUAUUACACAUUGUUUAAAUGUUUUAAGCAUUGAAAUAUUAAAUCCACACUUUAAAGGCAUGCAGUUAUUAAAUGAUAUUUAACUUCAAUACACAGUUCUUCGUAGACUGCAUUAUAACACAUUUUAAAAUAUGUGUAAAAAUGUCCUUGUUAUUGUGAAAAUAGCUUUAAACUGCAUUACAUGUACAAUGCAUCUGUUGAUGAAAAAUCAUGGUCAGUUAUGUUUAAUUUUUUAAAAAUGAAAUAAAAUGAAGUAAAGACUACUUAAA